AUGAUUUCCAGAAAGGCUACUUAAUUAUCCCAUUAGAAUAAUGGUGAGGAGAAUGAUAAAAGAAUACUCAAGAUGUAAACUUCUUUUUUUAAAUCCUUUACAUCUUCAAAGAAAGGAGGCAAGGAUGGUGAGGGUAGUCAAUAUUUUAUUUAGAAUAGAGUUUUAAUUUUUCAUUCGAACUUAGGAUUGUGCAUUUAAUACAAUACUUUACAUGCUAGUAAAUUUUUAAAAAGCAGACGAAGAUUCUAAAAAAAAGGGCUUUUCUUUAUUAAGUAAUCCUAAGCCAAUUAUGAAUAUGGAAUCAUAUAAAGAUCUUAGUGAACUGAGACCGUACUUAUGUGUGUAUUAAAAAUAGAGAGCUGAUAUAUUUUUUUACCGUUAUUUCCGUGAGGGAUUUACAUGAUUUCUAUGUUGAUUUUUAUGCUUCCUUUGAUACAAAUAGAAAUUUUAGUUUAGAGAAGAAGGAGCUUUAAAAAAUGUUAUAGACUAUGUUAGUAUUGAUUGGACAUAAGAAAUUUAAAGUUUUUAGUGAUCGGGCUUUGAUAGAGACAGAUGCUUUUGAAGGAAGUCUUACCUAAAAAUUAUUAGAUGAUAUAGGUGAAAAUUUUAUGUUGCCAAAUGAAUAAAAUAAAGUUGAUUACUUAUUGGUAUUUCCAUAUAUCUUAAGUUUUUAUUUGGAAUAUACAUACCAAGAUAUCAAGAAUAAACAAAAAAGAUUGGAUGUUAUCAAGGGAACUGAGUUCAUAAAAGGGAAAGAGGUUGAAAUCAAAAAUAUUACAAGUCUUAUUUCAAUUUUGAAAGAAAUGGGAAUUGAUUAUUUAAAAGAGAAAAAUACUUAUAAAAUUUCCUUUAGAGAUGUUGAAAAUAUUUUAUUAAAAUUUAAGAAUAUAUAAUAAUGGAUAACUUUUGAAGUCAUCUAAUAGAUUUUAUAAUCAUUAAGUAAGAUCAUGUAAGUGGAUGAAAAAACAUAAGAAGAAACUAAGAAAUUAAAGAUACAUAAAAUAAUUGAUUUUGUGGCUUUAAAAUUAUGUAUUCAUUAGGAUUGUCUAAAAAUAAAAAAAACAAAAAAGAAUCCUAGUUAAUCUAUGUUUCUAGAAGUAAAUCAUUAUUAUUAAAAUUAGGUAUUAGUAUUAUGGAAUUGUGCUUAAUUUGCAAAAUAUGCAGAAAAAAAAACUUUGACUUUAAAAUUUGAAAAAUUUCUAAAUGAACAUUAUUAAUAGAAAGAAACCUUUGUUAGAUUAGAAAUGUAAAAGUGUUUGGAAACCUUUUUUAGAAAAUCCUUUUAGUUGAUGCCUAAAAAAUAAAUAUAUGAAAUCAUUUAAUGUCAUAAUCUUUUUGCAGAUAAAAAUAUUAUUAAGAAUUAUUGUAUUGAAAAAGAGGAAUUUUAAAACUCUCUUCACACUAUGAUAUGUACUGAUGGUUAUAAUAAAUUAAAAUAAUAUGUUAAAAUCAUUUUUGAUGGAAUGACAAAGCAUACAAAUUUAACAAUAACAUAAUAUUAAAAUUAUGGUAAAGACCUUGAUAUAGAUAGUAAUUAGGGUGGAAUAUCUUCUUAGAGAUAGUUAAGAGAUAAAUAAAAUUCUUAAUAAUUAUCAAUAUAAUAAUAAUAAAAAAAAGAAAAAGAAGUAAGUGAUAGUAGCAAAAGUAGUGAUGAAGAAUAAAUAGUAACUGCUAAACCUAGUCAAAAAUUUAAAACAGCAGUCAGAGCUAUUUAAUCAGGAAAUGUCAUAAUAAAAGAAAAAAAUGAAAGCAAAGAUAUAUUAAAAGCUUGUUUAAUGAUGGAUAGUUUUCUUAAACGUUAAACUUAAAGAAUUAAAAAUUAUGUUAAAGUAUCGAAAUCUGUAAACAUUUCUGUAGAUAAACCUGAUGUAAAACAGUUAGAUAAAUCAUUAGUGGAUCACGAUGAUUAAAAGGAAUUAUUUGAUCCUUCUGAAAUUUUGAAUAAGAGAAGAUAAGAAUAGAAAAUAAAAGAAAUCCAUAAUAUAAAAAAAGAAAAAGAAACAAAGGUUUGGGAAAAAAAAAAUCUACCAUCAGAAAAGAAAUCAGAAGAAGACAUUGAAGUAGUUAGUACAUAGGUAGAGUAACCUAUAGUUAUUACAAAUGAAUUAAAAUUUCCAGAAUCUUAACAAAAGAAAAAAUUAAAUAGAGUUGAAGUAGCUAAUGAAUUGCAAAUGGUUUUAGGAAAAUCAAAUAGUGAUUUUGGUCCAACAAAUUUUAAGUAAGCAAUUAGAUUAUAAACAACAUCUUAAAUGGUAUAACCUGUAAAAUUCAAUAAAUAAAAUGAUGUAAAAAAUAUUAAUAUAUGAAAUUAGGAAUAAGAUCAUUUAGUAAUAAUUGAUGAAAGUAUUUUAGAAAAUUUGAUUAAACGUAAUUAAUAAUAAGAAAGAGUGAGAAAAUCUACAAGGGAUGAUUGUCAAUGUUUAAUUUAUUGA